AUGUCCAGGCAGUCCAGCAUCACUUUCCAGACCGGCAGCCGCAGGGGCUUCAGCACAGCCUCGGCCACCACCCCUGCCACCGGCCGCUCCCGCUUCAGCUCGGUCUCCGUGGCCCGCUCCACGGGAGGCAGCGCGGGGCUGGGAAGAAUGAGCAGCGCUGGGGCAGGCUUCGGGAGCCGCAGCCUCUACAACCUGGGGGGCACCAGGCGGGUCUCCAUCGGGGGGUGCGGCGGCAGCUUCCGGAGUGGCUUUGGCGGCAGGGCUGGCAGCGGGUUUGGGGUCGCCAGUGGAUUUGGCAAUGGGGGCGGAGCCGGAGGAGGCUAUGGGGCCUCAGGCUUCCCCGUCUGCCCCCCUGGAGGCAUCCAAGAGGUCACCGUCAACCAGAGCCUCCUGACUCCCCUCAACCUACAAAUCGACCCCUCCAUCCAGCGGGUGCGGAAAGAGGAGCGGGAGCAGAUCAAGACCCUCAACAACAAGUUCGCCUCCUUCAUCGACAAGGUGCGGUUCCUGGAGCAGCAGAACAAGGUCUUGGAGACCAAGUGGGAGCUCCUCCAAGAGCAGGGCUCCAAGACGGUGAGGCAAAACCUGGAGCCCUUCUUCGAGGCCUACAUCAAUGACCUCCGCCGGCAGCUGGACAGCGUCACCACUGAGAGGGGCAGGCUGGACGCUGAGCUGAGGAAUAUGCAGGAUAUUGUGGAAGAUUUCAAAGUCAGGUACGAGGAUGAAAUUAACAAGCGCACCACUGCUGAGAAUGAGUUUGUGGCCCUGAAGAAGGACGUGGACUCAGCCUACAUGAACAAGGUAGAACUGGAGGCCAAGGUCAAUUCUCUGACAGAUGAGAUCAACUUCUUACGGAUGCUCUUUGAGGCGGAGCUGUCCCAGAUGCAGACCCAGGUCAGUGACACAUCUGUGGUCCUGUCCAUGGACAACAACCGCAGCCUUGACCUGGACAGCAUCAUCGCUGAGGUCAAGGCUCAGUAUGAGGACAUUGCCAACCGCAGCCGGGCCGAGGCUGAGUCCUGGUACCAGACCAAGUACGAGGAGCUGCAGGUCACAGCGGGCCGGCACGGGGAUGAUCUCCGCAACACCAAGCAAGAGAUCUCGGAGAUGAACCGGAUGAUCCAGAGGCUGAGAGCUGAGAUCGACAGCGUCAAGAAGCAGUGUUCCAGCCUGCAAACGGCCAUUGCUGACGCAGAACAGCGUGGAGAGCUGGCCCUCAAGGAUGCGCGAGCCAAGCUAGUAGAGCUGGAGGAGGCCCUGCAGAAGGCCAAGCAGGACAUGGCCCGGCUGCUGCGGGAGUACCAGGAGCUCAUGAACGUGAAGCUGGCCCUGGAUGUGGAGAUUGCCACCUACCGCAAGCUGCUGGAGGGCGAGGAAUGCAGGCUGAGUGGUGAGGGUGUUUCUCCAGUUAACAUCUCUGUGGUCACCUCCACUGUUUCCAGCGGCUACGGCGGUGGUAGCAGCACUGGAGGUGGAAGCCUGGGUCUAGGUGGGGGCAGCGGCUACUCCUUCACCACCAGCACCGGGCACAACCUGGGUGCAGGCCUGGGUGGCUCCAGCUUCAGUGCCAGUAGCAGCCGGGGCCUCGGGGGCAGUGGCUCCAGUGUCAAGUUUGUCUCCACCACAUCCUCCAGCCGGAAGAGCUACAAGCAUUAA